AUGGCGCAGGAGCCUCAGGAGUACAUUCAGCAGAAGGUGAACCCUAUCCUGGAAAACUUGGUCACUCAACUGCUGCUGGAGCGACCCGAGCAGCUUGCUCCGUUCAUGAUUAAGUGGCUUUCGCAGAACUCCAAAACGCCAGCUGCUGCUGCGCUGACGGAGGGCGUGAAUGUAUUAAGUGAGCUCAAGCUCGAGAUGGAGAAGCUUCAGGAGGAGGUGCGUGAGCUGGAGGUCCAGGUGGAGGCAAAGCGUGGUGACAAGUCCGGGCAGCUCAUGGUUGAUGCCCUGCAGUCCGUGGAGGAAAGUGAAGAUGACGAAGAGGACGUCAUGCCUCCACCUGCCUUGGCCACGAGAGGACAUCGUGCAUCAGUCUCGGCCGAGGUCUACGGGCAAUGGAACCCAGAGAAAGAUUUCGAAGCACCUGUGUACGAGAAAUCGGACGACCAAAAAGACAGGCUAGCCAAGGUUCUCAAGGAAUCCUUCCUUUUCUCGGGCCUUGAGCCUCAGGACUUCAAGAUCGUCAUAGACGCCAUGCAGGAGAAAGUCGUGGAGAAGGACACGCGCCUCAUCAAUCAAGGUGAAGAUGGAGACUGUCUGUAUGUAGUCGAGGAUGGACAGAUGAACUGUUACAUCCGCCGCCCGGAUGGAUCUGAAGAGAUGGUGAAGGAAUGCACGGCUGGAGAUGCAUUUGGGGAGCUUGCCUUGCUGUACAACUGUCCGCGAGCUGCCUCCGUCCAAGCGGUUCAAAGGUCCGUGCUGUGGGAGUUGGACCGCGAAAGCUUCAACAACAUUGUCAAAAAGGCUGCGAUCGCUCGUCGGGAGCAGCUUGAGGAGUUUCUGCAAAAGGUACCGGUGCUGAAGGGCAUGGAUGCCUACGAACGAACUUCGUUGUGCGAUGUGCUGCAGCCGGUUACCUUUGCAGAGGGCGGCAUCAUUGUGCAGCAGGGUGACAUCGGGGACGUUUUCUACAUCUUGCAGGAAGGAUUUGCAACAGUGUCCAAGGUGUACGUUCCCGGCACCCCGACCAAAGAGGUGCUCAAACUGGGCCCGGGAGACUAUUUUGGCGAGCUGGCCCUCCUUAAAGGAGAGCCACGAGCUGCCAGUGUGGUCGCCCUUACAGAGUGCAAGUGCUACACACUUUCCAGGAGGACAUUCAACCGUCUGCUGGGGCCUUUGGAGGAGAUCCUUCGCCGAAAUGCCACGAAAUAUGAUUGA